GGACAGCAAUUCCAUUGAGACUGCUUUCUCCACGUCCUGCUGCCAUUAUCAACUUCAACUGACUGGUGGAAUCUUUGGGCGUCUCAAUUGCUUCCUACUCUACAGAUUCAUAUUCUUCAAGUUCUCCAAAAACGAGCUCGCCCCUAUCCAAAGAUUCCCAAAGAUGUCAGCCGUGCCAGAAACCAAUGGAGAGGUCGCAUUGGAGAACAAGCUAAAAGAGGUCGAUAUCAAUAAGAACACUCCCGCCAAUGCCAUUGCUCCUCCAUCUACCAGUAUAGCGGCUUCUCCAGUCGCCGCAUGGUUGCGAGAGAUAGAACAGCAGGCCCGCAAGUCCAAUGGUGUAUUGAAAACACCUAUCGUCGAUCCACUUCCAAGUAUCCCACCUCCUCCUAUCAUUGCACUCACCUCCGAUCAACAAACCAAGUACGACGCGCUAUUAACCACGGUGAAAUCAUGGACCGAAAUACCUUGCACAAAGGCAGAGAAGGCAGGGCCUCUUACAGAAAACGAGAUUAUGUGGUUAACCAGAGAAUGUUUGCUGAGAUACCUGCGGGCAACUAAGUGGGAUUUAGCAGAGGCGGGGAAGAGACUUCUCAGUACCAUGACAUGGAGGCGCGACUACGGUCUGGAGGAUAUCACCGCAGACUAUAUAUCACCAGAAAAUGAGUCGGGCAAGCAAUGGAUCUUGGGAUACGAUAUUGCUGGAAGACCAUGCCAAUACCUCAAUCCUGGGCGACAAAAUACACAAUUAUCACCACGACAGGUUCAGCACUGGGUAUUCAUGCUAGAAAGGAGUAUUUCAUUGUUGGGACCUGGUCGGGAAACAUUGGCGCUUAUGAUCAACUUCAAGGCUUCGAAGGAGAGGGUAAAUACUGCUCCGUCCAUUGGACAAGGCCGAGAGGUAUUAAAUAUCCUCCAAUCACAUUAUCCCGAGCGCUUGGGGCGAGCUUGUGUCAUUAAUGGUAAGGAGACCACUCCUAUGUUUGUCACAAAUCUAACGAGAUACAGUCCCCUGGCUUGUCUGGGGCUUUCUCAAAUUGAUUACUCCAUUCAUUGACCCUACAACGAAGGAGAAGCUCAAGUUUGAUGGAGACAUGAAGGAGCAUGUUCCCCCGGAGCAAUUGGCGACAAGUUUCAUGGGAGAUCUGAACUUUGAGUAUGACCACGCAGAAUAUUGGCCAGCGCUCAACAAGCUCUGUGACGAGAGAAUUGCCGAGCAGAAAGAGCGUUGGGUCAAAGCUGGUAAACACUUUGGUGAGAGCGAGGUUUAUCUUAGAGGAGGGAACGCAGCCAGUGUUGCAGCUGCGCCUCCAUUGGUGGUCAAAGAGGUUACAGAGGAUUCGAAAUCUGCGCCAACAAUUCCAGUCCCUUCUAAUAAGGAUAAUGCAACGAUUGCACCAGGUGCAACAGUGGUCCCAACAGUUCCAGUUGCCGCAGAAGAGAAAGUCACCAACGCUCCUGCUGCUGCAUAGGCGAAAAACACUGCACUUGAAUCCAUAGAUUUCUGGUUAUUGGAAGCUUUUUUUUAUUCAUUUCGCGUUGUCGUUGGUAAGCUCAGACAGUCAGCGAGCUUGAUAUAGAGCGACUACAUUGCUUUUAGAGGAUUGGGAAGGACAAACUACUUAUGUUGAAUAUUGGGUUUCAGACAACGUACAUAGAUGUUAGAAUAAUUAGAUACGGG